AUGAGCUGGAAAGAUACCGCGAUCCAUUUAUUUGCUGGAGGGUGUGGAGGCACGGUAGCUGCAAUCCUGACAUGUCCUCUAGAAGUUCUGAAAACACGAUUGCAAUCAUCUUCUAUUACUCUCUACAUUUCUGAAGUUCAGUUAAAUACUGUGAAUGGUGCAAGUGUUAAUCGAGUUUCCCCACGGGCUUUCCAUUGCUUUAAGAUGAUCUUACAAAAUGAGGGUCCUCGGUCAUUUUUCAGAGGACUAGGUCCUAACUUGGUAGGCGUGGCUCCUUCCAGAGCGCUAUAUUUUGCAACUUAUUCCAAGUCCAAAGAAAUUAUGAAUAACAUAUUUGAGCCAGAUUCUACUCAAGUACAUAUGACCUCAGCUGGAGUGGCAGGUUUUACUGCAAUCACAGUAACUAAUCCAAUUUGGUUAGUAAAGACACGAUUACAACUUGAUGCAAGGAAUCGUGGAGAAAGACGGAUGAAUGCGUUUGAAUGUGUACGCAAAGUUUAUCAGUCAGAUGGAAUUAAAGGUUUUUACCGAGGAAUGUCUGCCUCUUAUGCAGGCAUAUCAGAGACUGUUAUUCAUUUUGUUAUUUAUGAGAAUAUUAAACAAAAAAUCUUGGAAUGUAAUUCUGCUUCUGGGAUGGAUAAGGAGGAUGAGCCUGUCAAAAAAGCAUCUGAUUUUGUUAGUAUGAUGGCAGCCGCAGCCACUUCCAAAACCUGUGCUACGUCUAUAGCCUAUCCACAUGAGGUUGUACGAACAAGACUACGAGAAGAAGGAACAAAGUACCGAUCCUUUUUCCAGACCCUAUCCUUGCUUUUGCAAGAAGAAGGCUAUAGUUCUUUCUACCGUGGCCUAGCCACACAUUUGAUAAGACAAAUACCGAACACAGCUAUAAUGAUGACUACCUAUGAAGUGGUAGUCUACUUGCUCAAUAGACAGCAGCACUACUAUCUGACGAUAGGAAAGUGAAAAGACCAAAGUUUUGCAAUGGACCAUAGACAUUCUGAAUGAUAGACAGCAGCUAUACAUAUAUAU